AUGACUCGUUGUUCCCGCCAGGUACGCCGGCAACAGUUUACUAUUGCCAUCAUUUGUGCCCUGCCGCAUGAGGCACGAGCGGUGGAAACUGCAUUCGACGAGAUAUUCGACCGUGGCAGCGGCACCGACUUAGCAUCACACCCGCAAGACAAGAACAAGUAUACAUUAGGGAGGAUUGGCCAUCACCAUGUCGUCUUGGUCCAUAUGCCGGCAAUGGGAAAGCUGUACGCGUCGACCGCGGCGGCAAGUAUCGUGCUGAGCUACCCCAGUAUAAAGCUAGGGCUAGUCGUUGGAGUGUGUGGGGGAGUUCCAUACACUCAGGAUGGGCAUGAUAUAGUUCUCGGCGAUGUGAUUAUCAGCACCGGGCUGUUGUUAUACGACGAAAGUAAUGCGUUAGCCUUCGACAAGCUCAAUCCCCUUGCCUUCAACACCGGGAACAGGGUUCAGCCUAAUGGGAAACCCCAAGCCCUGAUACAAAAGCUGUACUCUGCACGGGGAUACCAGCGUCUCUUAGCGAACACGGUCGACAAUUUGACUCUGGCCCUGAACAUCCUUGGAGAAGGGCAGUUCGGCUACCCAGGAAUGCAAGAAGAUCGGCUUUUCUCUCCUUCCUACCAACAUCAACAUCGGAGCCCUGUUCAAUGCGAUGUUUGCAGCAGCUCUGGCAAUAGGAAACAGUUUUGUCACCAGGCUUUCAAGUCAACUUGCGAACAGUUAGGUUGCUUUGAGGAUGCGACACAAUUGAUGCGGGUACGGGCAGAACCUUCGAAUGAGUCAUCACCAGUUCCUCUUCCGACCAUCCAUUUUGGGCCGAUAGCCACUGGCGAUAGCGUCAUCAUGUGCGGUGAAAAGCGCGACGAGUUGGCUGCUAGCGACGGUAUUGUUGGCUUCGAGAUGGAAGCAGCUGGGGUGUGGAUGCAUUUCCCUACCGUCGUUAUUAAGGGGGUCUGUGACUAUGCCGAUUGCCAUAAGAGCAAGAGAUGGCAGAACUAUGCCGCUGCAAGCGCAGCAUCUUGUGCAAAAGCAUUCUUGUUAGAGUACCCAGCAGAGUCUCCCCAAGCCUAUCCUGUCCACUCGCCAGAAAAGACGAUCAUUCGCGAUAGGAUUUCACAUGCUGCUCUCAGCCAUGCCCGACUUCUGUUCCAGUCAGUGCUUGAUCUUUUUGCGAAAGUCGCCACGGUCUCAACAAUGUCGAGUAUCUCAGACACAGUCAAAAUGAUUGAUGUGUUCCACAUUUCAUCCAGCCUUUGGACUUAUUUUUGUAUCGCUGCAUUGGCGUUCGUGACUGGAUACUUUUAUGCCUCUGCUGGGGCUCACCUUGUGGAGGCCGCGGUUGGCUGA